AUGCCUACCGUCACCGUCAACAACCACGAGAUAUACUACGCCGACUCCCACCCGGACGGCGCCCCCGCCAACGGCUCAACAUUCAUCUUCAUCCACGGACUCGGUUCCUCGCAGAACUACUACUUCCCCAUCCUGCCGUACCUCGAAAAGCAGCACCGGUGCAUCACCCUGGACACCUAUGGCUCCGCCCGCUCGACCUACACGGGCCAGCCGGUGUCCAUCGAAUCCAUUGCCGCCGACGUGGUCGGCGUGCUGGACGCGCUCAAGGUGGCCCAGGCCGUGGUCGUCGGCCACUCGAUGGGCGGACUGGUGGUGACGCUCCUGGGCGCGCAGUAUGCGGAUCGCGUGAAGGCCGUCGUAGCCAUUGGACCAACCCACCCAUCCGACAAAUUGGCCUCGGUCAUGAACCAGCGCAGCGAGACGGUUGCCAACUCGGGCAUGGAGCCCAUGGCCAACACCAUCCCCAGCGGCGCCACCGGCACCCGCUGCUCGCCGCUCGCCAAAGCCCUGAUCCGCGAGUUGAUCCUGGGACAGAACCCCAAGGGCUACGCGGCGCUCUGCCAGGCGAUCGCCAAAGCGCCCGCCAUCGACUACGCGGCCAUCUCGGCCCCGUUCCUGCUGAUCGCGGGCGAGGAGGACAAGUCAGCGUCGCUGGAGGGGUGUCAGCAUAUUUUCGAUCGCGUGUCGAGCGGGAGCAAGAAGAUGGAGGUUCUGGCGCAGAUCGGACAUUGGCAUUGCGUCGAGGCGCCGGAGGAGGUGGGCGGGCUGAUUCGGGAGUUUGCUGCUGCUUUGUAG